AUCAGAGUGAGAACAGGUACUUCCUUCUGAGCACUGACAGCUAGAGCUGAACAGCUAAGGAAAUUAAUAUCCACAUUUUAGCACGACUACACUUCUGUUUCAGAUUUCUGAGACCUCACACAUCAAGGCCUCACACAAUUUCUUCUGAAAAAUAAUCUUUUAAGAGUUUGUGGCAUUACAAAACAACCAGGUGAAUGAGGCAAUGAUUACACCAAUAUUCAAAAAGUUCUUCUAUACCCAAUUGAAAAAGUGGCCUUUCCUCCAGAUCCUAACACUUUGGAGCCAGAUUCAAAUGAACACAAGCAUUAAAAAGUAAACAUAAGCUUCUAAAAUAAGUCAAAACCAAAGUUUGACUCUAAAGAAAUAAACUGUGAUUAGACUACAUAAAAGACAGAAUCUGAAAUUUUAAGAAGGAAAAAUGAGUCUUCUCAAAGAACGAAAACCAAAGAAACCUCAUUAUAUCCCAAGACCUCCAGGAAAGCCAUUUAAAUAUAAGUGUUUUCAGUGCCCCUUUACUUGCAAUGAAAAAUCACAUCUUUUUAAUCAUAUGAAGUAUGGCCUCUGUAAAAAUUCCAUUACAUUAGUAUCAGAGCAAGAUCGAGUUCCCAAAUGUCCCAAGUCCAAUUCCUUAGAGCCUAAACAAACACAUCAUGUAGAUUCUUUAGUUAAGCCAACUACUUCCAAGUCAAUCACCAAUGGACAAACAAAUCUUGAUUCUAAGCUUCAACAAAGCUUUGCCAAGGAAGAAGCCAAGGAAAAUUUAGAAUUACGAAAUUGUGUAACAAGUAAAUCACCAGGACAAAAUCCUCCAGUUCAGAAGAAAGCAACACCUCUUGGUUCAGCUACAGAAAGUACAAUUACUAUCCAGCCUAUUUUAGAAGGUGGUGCCAGACCUUCUGCUUUUGUACCAGUAGAACACAGACUUAAAGGAUCAGAAGGUGAUGAAGCAUCUGAAACACUGGCAAUACCUGACCCAAUUACCAAAAGUUCUUUUCACACUAAAUCUGCAUUCCAUGCACCUAAUCAUCCAUGGAAAGCUGGCUCUUUUCUCCCAGAGUUUUCACAUAAAAUUCCAUCUACAAAAGGUUUUGGAUCCAUUUCUCCUUAUAUACAACCAACUAUUCCAGAAUAUCCACCUCAUUUUUACACGGAGCAUGGACUAGCUACUAUCUAUUCACCUUAUUUACUUGCAGGUAAUUCAGUAGAGUGUGAAAACUCUUUGUUGUCUGUCUAUGGUACUCAAGACCAAAGACAUUUUCUUUCCCAUCCAGGACCAAUCCCUAAACAUUUGAAUGCAUCACCAUCAACAUAUGAGCCCUAUAAAUUUUUCCAGCAAUAUCAGUCCAGUCUUCCCAUACCAUAUGGGUUCUAUAGACCAGAGUCUGCAUUCUCUUCCUAUGGCCUUAAACUUCCACAUGUUGCUAGUAUUACAAGAGAACAAAGUUCUCACCUACUUGAAGAAACUAACUUGAUCUAUCCAACUUCAAAUCCACCCAGAUUAAACUCCUGGAAUUCCCAUAAAAAAAAUACAGAUUAUGAAAAAGAAAGCUUAGUUCUCCAAAGCCAAGAUCCUUCCAAAGAUGAACCAAAUGACAGAGAGGGGGCCAAGAUGAGCCCCCGUGCAGGAAGUGCAGCUACAGGGUCUCCAGGAAGACCUAGUCCCACCAACUUCACUCAGACAAGCCAGGCAUGUGAAGGACUGUUUGACCUCUCAAGUAAAUCAUUCCUUGGCCCAUUUGGAAAACUAAAUCAACCUGAAGAAAAUGCCACAGCCUUCAAACUUGUGAGAAAAAGCUCAGAAUACCCUGAUCCACAGUUAAAUGGAGUUGACUCCACAGUAAGCAUUAAUGUUACUGAUGAAGAUGUGCAACAUAAGACAGAAGGUACUUCUCACACAAAUGAGGACUCUUCUAACACAGAAGAAGACCCAGGAAUAGCUCCACUCAAUCUUUCUAAGAAAUCUGAAAAAAAAAAGGAAACUGCACAUGAACAUAUAUACAAAAAUAUGACUCAUAUGGAAACUCAAGACAUUAUGAAGCUACAAGACAUGCCUUUAAACCUUUCAGUGAAGGAUUCCUGCAAUACUCUGAACCUGAAACCUUCAUUCCACAGUUUAUCACAAGAUGCUAAAGCUGCUGCUACACAGAAAAUUGAAAGUUCUAAAGCAGAACAUUAUAUAAAAAAUCACCAACAAAGCAGCCAUCAAGAUGACAUUUCAUUCACACCCAAUAAUGGUGAAGCACAAGAUUUAAGAAUGAUUGACAACAGUGAUGAACAGAAACAAACAGCGGCUGUUGCUCUCUGCCAAUUAGCUGCAUACAGUCCUGGAAAAAUAAAAAAUAAAAAAAUAGAAACUGAAGCACAAAAUGCUCAGGAUUCCGCUUUUCAACAAGAUGAACCCACCUUCAGUUCCAAAGAAAUUCAGGAUACUGAAUGUAAUUCUAAAUCAAAAGGACAAAAGAGGACGAAUCAAAAAGAAACAGGAAAAUCCCACCAAGGAACUAAAAAGGCAAAACCAAAUGACACUGCUAGAGUGUUCACUCUAAGAAAGAGAACACGAGUGUCUUAACACUUAACUUUCAUAUAUGCUUUCAGACCACAAAACAGCAAAGCUUAUUCACUGGACCACAUGACUCAUAUUAGCUAUUUUUAAGCAAAUUUUCUAUUGAAUCAACUUUUACUAUAUUUUUUUCUUUUUUUGUUCUACGGAAAACAGCAUCCUGUAAAUAGUAAAUGUUUAUAACAAAGGUGCUUAUAAAUUGUAAUAAAUAUUUUUGAAUGAUCCAGGUUUCUAAUGCAUAUGACUAAGAUUCUAAUAGGCAAACUUCUGUAUUCAUAACAAGGUCAAUGGAAAUGCAAAGGACUAAAGAAUAAUGUUUUUGGCAUAGGCCACAAAGCAAGAACACUUUUACGUUUGCUCCUAUUACAAAAAUGUUUCCUGCAUUAGAAAGAACUACAUAUUUGUUAUAACAAGAGUUUCCUUAAAUUCUCAAAUUUAUUUACUGUUAGCUGUUUUGCAAAUAAAAUGUAAAUUUACUGAAGACCAAGAACCUAUGUGUGUAAACGUCAUAUAUAUUAAAAAAAAUGUAUGUAUGUAUGCAUGCAUAUAUUCAGAAAUUAAAUGCCUUUGUGAUCAAUGUGAAAACUACGAUUUCUUACUGCUGAAAAUAAUCCAUGGAUAUCAAAAGGAUAUUUAUAUAAAUAAUUUAUUUUCAUUAGUGAAAAAAAUACCAUUGGUUGAAGGUGUUAUUUCAGUAAAUGUGGAACAUGAAUUUAUGACAUUUAUUUGGUUAGGAUGGGUAACUGAAUUUUGCAACCUUUUCAUUCUUGUUUUCUAUGUUAAGACCUGUGCAUAUGAUUUCUAUUAUUUUUCAAAUAAAUC